AGGGAAGAAUUAAAAAUGUGUAAAAGAUGAUACACCGAGAUCUUUUUAAAUAACGCGAAAAGCUGCGUUUUAGUAAAAUAGCGCAUCAUUGGUAAAAAGUGUAAGACGCUGUUUAUAGACAGUAUUAAUCUUUUCUAUACAUUAUUUUUAUCUUCCAGAGAUUGUUAUAUGAUUGUAAGGGAGACUGCGCGCACAAUCGAGAAAUAGCAACUGAAAUAGAGGAAAAGCCUAUCUUAGAUGAAAUUAAUAAAUCACUGUGUCCACGCUGUUAGAACACAGUCCGAGUUCUUGAAUCCAAAGACGUGAUCUGGCCAUCCUAUGUUACAAUUUGAGAGGUGGGAGCUAUUAAUUUAGGAAGAGGAAGAAGGAGUUGAUGAAAGAGGCUUACAGGACUUUAGUGAAACCAGUCCAUAACCUCAAAAAGCUAUGCAAAAGUUAGUUGAUCAAUUCCAAAAACUGAAAAACUCCCAGAAUUUGAAAUGAUGGAGACUCCAAUUACAAGUUCGACCACUACUGUUUGCGAAUUGUGCAGCAAGUGCAUACGCUUAUAUACUUGUCCACGAUGUGGUAUAGGCUACUGUGGAGCUAAAUGUUACAAGUCUGAUAUGCAUACAGAUUGCUCUGAGAGCUUUUAUAGACAGUGCGUUGAGGACGAGUUAAAGUCUCAGGAGAACGAUCCAGCUACUAGACAAAAAAUGAUGGAAAUCCUUAAGAGAAUACAUGAGGCAGAUGUGAAAAAUGAUUUCGUAGAAAAUAAUUUAGACAAAGAGAGCAUUAGUGGAGAGGAUUAUUCAUUGGAUUCAGAUGACGAGCAAGAACUUCCUGAUUUAGAAAUUAGAUUACAGAAUGUUAAUUUGGAAGAUCCGAAUGAGCUCUGGUCAGUCUUAUCUGAAACAGAGAGGCAAGAAUUUGAAGCACUGAUAAAAAACGGAGAGGCAGAUCAGCUGUUGCCUAAAUGGAUACCAUGGUGGACGACUCGUGUAGAAAAAAAAUUAAUUCAACCAGUUGAAGAGAACAUUAAGGAUGCUUAUAGCAAUUUAAAAUAUCCUGAUUUGAUAGAUGUACCAUUAUUUAACGAAUUACAGAAAGCAUCUCCUUGUAUAGCGUUUAAUGUGACAAAUGUGAUAUAUGCUUAUGCGUAUAUCGCUCUAUACUAUAUUGGAGAUUAUUUAAACUGUGCCAAAGAAGCUGCCCAUAUUUUUCUGAUUAUCUGUGAAAAUAUGAGAAAUAAUGAGGUCUUUAAAGAUGUAAACUCGGCAAUUGAAUCCAUUGUAGACAAUGUAAAAAACGUCGAGUGGUUACCACGAGAUGAACAAACUAUAACAGCACUAAGAGAAGCUGGUGCUUCCAUUUUGCAAGGACCAGGCAGUGAAAUGAAAACUAUUUAUACAUCCGCGGCACUCUCCGAGCUUCAUCGAUUGCUGACAGUAGCGAAGAAAGAAAUUUCAAUUUGCAAGAGUGGUAAUCAGGAAUUCACAAAGACAUUUGCACAAAGACUUAGCAAUGACACAAAACUAUCAAAAAAGAAUAUACUUCUGUGUUUAAAAAAGCUAGAGUAUUAUUUAUCAUGGAUGAAAAAUACAGAAAUCUUAGAAUAAGUACAUACAUGAAGUUUAUUUAUUAGGACUAUGUACUCAGUGUGUUCGUUGUUAUCAUUUAUUAAAAGUAUG